GUCGAGUAGGGUUGACCCAACGCUUGCUUGAGGUUAUCCCCCACUUGCUUUCGUUCUCAUGUCACCAACCGCAGCAUCCCAUAGGAGCCUUUAGCGAGACAGCUCCACGGGAGGUACCUCUGCCCUUUCACCGAUUUGAUCUGCUCGACUGUGGGUGUUGCUGAGUUUCUUCUUCUUCCUCUGAUCCGCAAGAUCAUGGCCGAAUCACUGCUUCUCCCUUUGGUGCGCGGUGUGGUCGGCAAGGCCACGGACGCGCUCGUCCAGACCAUGCCCCGCAUGUGUGGCCUCGAUGACGACCGCGAAACGCUCAAGCGCCAUCUGCUAGCCGUGGAGUGCAUGCUGGCCGAUGCUGAGGAAAGGAGCCAGACAAAUGCCUACCUCAAGAGCUGGAUGGAGAAGCUCAAGGCCGUUGCCUACGAGGCCGACGACGUCCUCGACGACUUCCAGUACGAGGCGUUGCGCCGUGAAGCCCAGAUCGGCAAGUCCACUUCCCGUAAGAUACUAGGCUACGUCACACGCCACAGCCCGCUCCUCUUCCGUUUUUCCAUGAGCAGGAAACUCGAGGGUGUCCUCGAUAAGAUCAAGGAGCUGGUUGUGGAGAUGAACAUGUUUCGCCUUGAGGAUUCAGUGAAUCGGGAGGAACGGCAACGUCCUCGGAAGCAGACGCACUCCGGACUGGAUGAGUCUGCCGAGAUCUUUCGAAGAGGUGUUGACAAGGAGGGGGUGGUGAAGUUGCUGCUAGAUCAGCCAGAUCAGCGGAAGGUACAGGUGCUACCCAUCUUUGGUAUGGGAGGUCUUGGCAAGACAACUCUUGCGAAGAUGGUGUAUAAUGAUCAAGGGGUCCAACAACAUUUCCAGUUGAAGAUGUGGCAUUGCGUGUCAGACAAUUUUGGUGUUAUUGCUAUUGUGAAAUCCAUCAUUGAAUUGGUCACAAAUGAAAGAUGUGGCCUGCCUGACAGUGUCGAACUAUUGCGGCAGAAACUUGUUGAAGUCAUCAGCCAGAAAAGAUUUGUACUUGUUCUCGAUGAUGUAUGGAAUGAAGAGAAGAGUUUGUGGGAGGAUGAACUGAAACCACUGUUGUGUUCUAUUGGUGGACCAGAAAGUGUCAUAGUGGUCACAUGUCGAAGCAAGCAAGUGGCCUCUAUAAUGUCCACCCUUAAGCCCCAUGAGCUAGCAUUUCUGAGUGAAGAAGAUUCAUGGAAACUGUUUUCAAACAAAGCAUUUAGCAAUGGUGUAGAGGAGCUAACAGAGUUAGUCACAAUCGAAAGACAUAUUGUCAACGAAUGCAGCGGGCUGCCUCUUGCUUUGAAGACAAUGGGUGGUUUGCUGAGUUCAAAGCAACAGGUACAUGAAUGGAAAACCAUCGCAAAAACUAACAUUGGGGAUAAUGAGGUCAUGCCCAUACUAAAGUUAAGCUACAAACACUUAUCAUCUGAAAUGAUAAUGAGGUCAACUUAAGAAGAAUAAAGAGUGUAAAGCAUGCAAAAGAAGCCAAUCUCCAGCAGAAGCAAAAUCUGAGUGAGUUGUUGUUCUCUUGGGGCCUUACAAAAUACGACGAACCCAAAAAUGAGGCAUGUAAUGAGGAAGAAGUGUUUCGGCAUCUAGAACCUCAUAACAAGAUCCAAUUUUUUGAGUUGUAUGGAUAUGGUGGCCCAGAAAUACCACGAUGGAUGAGAGACCCUCAGAUGUUUCAGUGCUUACGAAAACUCAUAAUUUCCAAUUGGACAAGGUGUAAGAAUAUACCUGUAGUAUGGCUGUCACCCUCACUGGAGUACUUACACUUAAACAACAUGGAUAAACUGAAGACAUUGUGUGAUAACCUUUGCAUAGAAGGUGGAGGACGCAGUACCCCUCUACAAAUUUUCCCAAAGUUGAAGGUGAUGGUCUUGAAAGUGCUAUGUAGUCUAGAGGGAUGGGCAGAAAACAGUGCCGGGGUGGCCAUUGAUAGCUCAGUAAUAUUCCCGGCGCUUGAGAAGCUAAAAAUCUACACCUGCCCUAGGGUUGCAAGUUUUCCACUGAGCCCCGUUCUCAAAGACCUGACGUUAGCGGGAUAUUACCUGCAGGUGGAGUGUUUACGGGAUAUUCCAAGGUUGCCUACUUCCCUUGAAAUUUUGUCGAUUAAAUGCUUCGGAAGUUUGGUGGCGCUGCCGUCAAACCUUGGAGAACUGGCAAAGCUGAGCGAACUAUUGGUGAAUAGCUGCAAUAGCUUGAAAGGGUUGCCUGACGGGAUGGAUGGCCUCACUUCUCUUCAGAAAUUGGAGAUCGGUCAUUGUCCAGCGAUGGAGGAAGUCCCGAAUGGUCUCCUUCAGCGGUUACCGGCCCUUACAGGGCUGCCCCGAGUUGGAAAGACGAUGCAGAGAAGGUGGGGAGUAUUUCCACCACUUGGUCCCUAUCCGAUUUAAAUACAUCCCGGCGGAAUCAGAACUGGCAUCAGAUUCGGAAUCAGAAUUCAGAAAUGGAGGACCAGAAGCAGAAUCCAGCGAAAAGAGGUUUCUAAAAGAGCUCCUCCUCCCCUGUUGUGUUCACUCGAAGCCUGACUCUGAGUCUGACAAUAACUAAGGAGCAGCUUACUCUGAAAUCGUUUCAUCUUUGGUCUGGCCUUUUUUGGACAAGUAUCUGCCUAUUUUGGACAAGUAUCUGCCUUUUUUUAGGACAAGUGUGUCUCGUUGCUUACUGCUCUGUGCUCGUCCCACCAAUUAGCAAAAUUAGCAUAAAGAGGCGACCUAUUAUGCUUGAUUAGUUUUCUUAGCAAGACAACCAGAAGUAUGGUACCAGAGGCGACCCCUGGUUCGUGAGGCAAGGUUACAUCGACCCAACCUGCGAGCAGAGCUCGGUCCUGAAAAAUCUUUUAAUUGCAUCUGUCAUUCCACAAAAUGAAGGAAGCAUCCAUGAAAUGAAGGAAGCAAUGCUCGUCAAGCUAAGUCGGAACUCCAUCAUCACAUGUAAUAACCUGAACUAGAUCAUGCUGUGACCAUCCUCGCUCUCCCUACAUGUGUGCGUCGUCAGUGCAGGCAGAGAUAUGUCUUGAUCCAUUUUCUCUACCUGUAGUUGUCAGUAGGUAUUUUUAUUCGCCUACUAAUUUUGCAAAAUGUCCCUUGGCUCUGAAACCCAUGUCCGUGUGUGUGACAUGUGAGUGAGAGCGUUUGUGUUGGCAUAGCCUGUCCGUGUGUGUGUCGUUGGGCAUUGGCCCGGAUAGGAGGUGUGUAAACCUUGUCAAGUGUUUCGUCAUUCCUCUUCACGCAUAGCAUGCAGAUUGAGUGUCCUCGCGGGCAAAACUUGUGCUUAUUUGAGGAGGAGCAGUGAAACUGGCUGACAUUGAGAUACUUUGAAACUCUGGUAC